AUGGCCAUGGUGAGUGGGGGCUGGGGAGAUCCAAACGGAGGCACGAACGGCUUGGGGGACAAGGCUUACCUGAGGGGGGAGGAGGAGGACGGCUCGCCCCAGGCCGCGGGCAGCGACAUGGAGGCCGGGGAGGACGACAAGGCCUGCGUGGUGGACUGUGUGGUGUGCGGGGACAAGUCCAGCGGGAAACAUUACGGCGUGUUCACCUGCGAGGGCUGCAAGAGCUUCUUCAAGAGGAGCGUGAGGAGGAACCUGAGCUACACCUGCAGGUCAAACAGAGAGUGCCAGAUCGACCAGCACCACAGGAACCAGUGCCAGUACUGCCGCCUCAAGAAGUGUUUCCGUGUGGGCAUGCGCAAAGAAGCAGUCCAACGCGGCCGUGUCCCCACUCAAGCCAGCCACAGCCCCUCCAUCACACCCAUAGGGGGCAGCGGAGGCCUGGGAGGAGACUUCUACAACAACAACAACAACGGCGGCGGCGGUGGCGGUCAGCCCGUGUCCGAGCUCAUCUCUCAGCUGCUGCGCGCCGAGCCCUACCCCAACAGCCGCUACGGGCAUCAGUACGGGCAACAGAACGGCCCCGACAACGCCAUGGGCAUCGACAACAUCUGCGAACUGGCCGCACGCCUGCUCUUCAGCAUCGUGGAGUGGGCGCGCAACAUCCCGUACUUCCCCGAGCUCCCUGUGUCUGACCAGGUGUCUCUGCUGCGUCUGAGCUGGAGCGAGCUCUUCAUCCUGAACGCGGCGCAGUCGGCUCUUCCUCUGCACAUGGCGCCGCUUCUCGCCGCCGCAGGUUUUCACUCGUCGCCGAUGUCUGCGGAGCGCGUGGUCUCGUUCAUGGACCAGGUGCGGGUCUUUCAGGACCAGGUGGACAAGCUGACCAGGCUGCAGGUGGACUCUGCGGAAUACAGCUGCCUCAAGGCCAUCGCCCUCUUCUCUCCAGACGCCUGCGGCCUCACCGACCCCGUGCACGUGGAGUCCCUGCAGGAGAAGGCGCAGGUGGCUCUGACCGAGUAUGAGCGCAUGCAGUACCCCAGCCAGCCACAGCGCUUCGGCCGCUUGCUGCUGCGCCUGCCCGCCCUGCGCGCCGUGCCCGCCAGCCUCAUCUCGCAGCUCUUCUUCAUGCGCCUGGUCGGAAAAACCCCCAUUGAGACCCUCAUCCGCGACAUGCAGCUCUCCGGCAGCUCCAUCUCCUGGCCCUACGUCCCGGGACAGUAG